GAUGUUUUCCGAAACAACACAGUUUGUCUCUCAUGUACGCAGUCUUAUCCCACGUCUCUGCACCUGACUGAGUGUAUGGGAGGAUUUUAUAUCCCAAUAUGAAAAAUUCUGAGGCUGUGAUAUACUUGCUCUGCGGAUUGUGCGUACUCUUAACGGAUUAUGGCAUCAAUGCAGCAGAGGAUAACAGCCAAGGAAAUAUGUUCCUGUGCCAGGAUCCUCGCUUCAUAGCAGCACGAAAAGGCCGUACGGUGUCGAUAAUUUGCUCCUUUGCAGCUGAGCAUCUUAACACAUCACAUUGCAACACGACAUGGUACCUUGGGAUGCCGAACGGUUCUUUCAUUAGCAACGUUAUACCCGAUAAGGACCCUAAAAUAUCCAUAAACGGAAGUAAAAGUUGUUCCGUUCUAUUACUUAAGGACAUACAGAAGAAACACAGCGGGAUUUACUUUUGCAAAAUUAACACAAAUUUAGGAGAGCGGAAAUCUCAUUGUGGAACUGAGGUUAUGGUGCUGGGUUACGGAUCUCUUGAAAAUGCUAAAUCUCGGAACAUGAUGAAAGACGCGAUUAUCAUAAUUCAAACAAUCCUGAUUGCAUUAUUCAUAGUGAUCCCAGCAAUGCUAAUUAUUGAGAUGAAAAAGAAGCGAUCUGUGAAAAUGGAAGACCACACAUACGAGGGGUUGGAGAUAUAUCAAUCAGCAACAUAUGAGGACAUUCAAAAUGUGCGUGUUUUAUCAUCAAAAAGCAUGAUCGGAGAGCAUCCGUGCAUGGAAUAAGACAAUGGGAGUGCGGUCGCUAGCCCCCCCACAUUUUAAAAUACAGAGUCAUGGGAGCUGUGGGUUCACUCUCAUCAAUAUCCUUAUAUAAUAACACGUUACAAGGUUGCCACCCAGUUCAUACCAUGAACUCUAAAUCACAUUACUUACAAAUGACAUGGAAAUAUAGGAAAGGAACCUAGCUUUUUAUUAAAUAAUAGCUGAAACUCCAUAUUUACGAACCAUGUUGUCCAGUCCUGGAUAAAUUCACAUUUGGAUUUUAUUAUGUCUCUAAAGGGUAAUAAGUAAAGCUUGUGUUCAACUGAUUAUCAUGUUAAUACAUGGGGGCUUAUGUACAAAGAGCAAUUAUUGGGCAUAAUUCUAAAGUGGAACUAUCGCCAUGGAAGAAAAU